GGCUGUCUGUGAAUCUUGCGCCUAUCGUAUGGCGCAUGCGCAGCGCGUCCUCAGCCGUGCUGGGUACCGGCAUUAAAGCUUCGGUCUCAAGGUAUGCGGACUCCCGGGAGAAUGACUGAGGUCGGUGCAAGUUGGCCGUGACUGCCGAUCAUACAUACCGUCAGCUGCGUCCCAUCCGGUCUCAUUGCCAGGUGCUGAAAUUACACCAGAGGACCACCAUGUCUGACUGUAGAGUUAAACACUUCCCAUAAAAAUAAUCCAGUUUGAAUUAGAGAUUUAGCUCAAUUAUAGAGCAUAUUCCUUACGUGUAGGAGACUCUGUAUUUGAUAUCCAUCUCAUUCUGUUUCAAGAGCAAGAUCACAAGCCUGUAUUCUUCGUGGUUGUGAACGAAUUAUUUAGCCAAAUCGAGCCUCAAUUUUCCCAUCUGGAAAGUGGAACUGAUUGUUCGUAUCUACUGGGCUGUUCAUGAGCUAGGUGGUGUGGCCAUAGGAAGGAGAACAUGGCGGAAGAAGAGGACUAUAUGUCAGAUUCCUUCAUUAACGUUCAAGAAGACGUCAGACCCGGCGUGCCCAUGCUGAGGCAGAUCCGAGAAGCCCGGCGAAAAGAAGAAAAGCAACAGCAAGCGAAUCUGAAAAAUAGGCAGAAGAGCCUGAAGGAGGAAGAACGGGAAAGGCGUGACAUUGGGCUGAAGAAUGCGCUGGGCUGCGAAAACAAAGGGUUCGCUUUGCUCCAAAAGAUGGGGUACAAGAGUGGGCAGGCUCUGGGCAAGACUGGAGAUGGUAUUGUUGAACCAAUUCCCCUCAAUGUCAAGACAGGCAAAAGUGGCAUAGGUCACGAGUCGUUACUAAAGCGGAAAGCAGAGGAGAGGCUGGAGAGCUACAGGAGGAAGAUUCACAUGAAAAACCAGCGUGAAGAAAAGGCGGCCGAGGAGUUUCGGAUGCGACUGAAAAGUAAGCAGGACGAACUGAGGCUCGAAGGAGACCUGAGAAGAAGCCAGCGGGCCUGCCAGCAGCUGGAUGCCCAGAAGAAUAUUCAGGUUCCCAGGGAGGCGUGGUACUGGAUGAGGCCUGAAGAGGAGACUGAGGAAGAAGAAGAGGAAAAGGAAGAGCAGGAUGAAGACAAGUGCCCAAGUGAAGAUCUGAGUGUGCUAGAAAAACUGCAGAUCCUCACUGGUUACUUACGAGAAGAACAUCUGUAUUGCAUCUGGUGUGGGACAGCCUAUGAAGAUAAAGAAGACUUAUCUUCCAAUUGCCCAGGACCAACCUCUGCGGAUCAUGACUGAGAUUGUUCCCAAUAAAGUAAAAUUGUUUAUAUGGGUGGGGAAAGAAGGCCUUUGUAUAGCACUUAAUUCUUUCAGAAGCGGGUUCUACUUUGGAUAAAAUUGUUCACUGAUUUAGGUAAAUGUCACUUCCAAAUACAAGUAUCAUAGACAUGAACAAUUACUUUACGGUGGUAUCAUGAUGCUUAUAGAGUUUAAGGGUCCCGACAGGUAACAUACUUAGUCCCUCUUUACUUUGGGUAAAUUGAGAAGAUCAGGGGAUCCAGAAGAAAUCAGUGGUCUGCUUUAGGGCGUGAGAUGGGCCUUCAUGGUAGCAGGACUGCCAGACCUGUGGAAGCUCCUGAGUUCAGUCACCAGCACCACGAGUUAAGCUGUUGGCAUGAAGCUGGGAUACAGAACAAGGCCAGCUCUUUCGAAUCAGACUACCAAAUAGUUAUUUGGAGAAAUGGCAUACCUGUCCUCUACCUGUGGAGCCAACUUUGUGUUCCAGGGCCGGUGUCUUGAAGAAGUAGUUUCAUCCUGGUUUGUCUUUCAGAGUAAACACAGCUGUUAAAAAUACCAGAUAGCAUUUUCUAGACGUUAGUUUUCUGGAGUAGGGGCACAGGCUGAGUAGUCCCUGUCAGAUAAAACACUUCCCUGUUGGAAAGGAAGGAAGGAAGGAAGGGUCAGAGGAUCCCAUACUCCUGGGUCAUGUCCAUGGUCAGACAUCAAAGUCAUGGGCCUUUUUCCCAGUUCAUAUGCUCAGGGCUCUCCUCUAGUGGACUCACAGGGCAGUACUAAAUAUCCACUUUUUAAACUCCAAGAGUACUCGGCGGCCUGCCCGCUUUCCGAAACACCACAGCAUCACAAGGGAAAGCAUCCCAGAGGAGUGGUCAGCUCAGUGCAGCCCAGGACAGUGGGAGGACUAGGGGAGAGCCAGCUUUGCCUGGGUGACCUUGUGACAUUCUGGCGGCACUACACUAAGCUCAGGUUCUGAAGGAUGGACACGGCUAGGACAUGCAAAGCUAUGAGGAGGCAGCUGCUCCGGAACUCGGCUGUUCUAAGCAUAGAAACAGCAGCCCAGGAGCAGUGGGUGGGGCACUGAGACCGGCUGCCUGGAUGAAGUUUGGGGACUGAUGAUUUGUACAUGUUCGGCUGAGGGACUGGCUCUAUUAGAAGGUGUGGCCCUGUUGGAAUAGGUGUGUCACUGUGGAUGUGGGCAUUAACACCUCACCCUAGCUGCCUGGAAUUCAGUCUUUCACUAGCAGCCUUCAGAUGAAGAUGUAGAACUCUCAGCUCCUCCUGCACCAUGCCUGCCUGGAUGCUGCCAUGUUCCUGCCUUGAUGAUAAUGGACUGAACCUCUGAACCUGUAAGCCAGCCCCAAAUUAAAUGUUGUCCUUAGAAGAGUUGUCUUGGUCAUGGUGUCUGUUCACAGCAGUAAAACCCUAACUAAGGCCUUAGCAUUUCCAUGUGAAAAACACUCUGUGUAAGGGUCUAUUUCUUUAUGUUCAUGGAGUGGCACAGCUAUAGCCAGGAGGCAUAUGGGUGGUUUUCUAGAGUUGGGAGAUGAUGAAUCUAUUAAUGGAGAAGGGUUUCUUUGAAGUGACAAACAUGUUUUAAAAUUGAAUUCAGUGUUGGUGCACCUCUGAACAGAGCAAACACUGUCAGAUUGUCGAUGUUGGGUAAAUGAGUUGAUUACAGUGGGAACUAUAGCUCACAAUACUUUUACUACGUUUUUAAAAUUAGGUGAUAAGGGUUGAGUGUAGGCAUGGGUACCAUGUGUGGAGACCAAAGGACUACUUGUGUAGGUUGAUUCCUUCCUAUCACUUAGGUGCAGGGGAUUGAACCCAGGUCACCAGGCUUGGCUGUAAGUGCCUGUACCUGCUAAGUCAUCUCACUGUCCCGAAAACUUUUUGUUUGUUUAAGUCGAGGGGAAUUUCAGGUACAAACAAUGGAAAGAAUACGAAUGCUGGAGCGUGUUCAGGUAAAACUGAGCAUCUGUGUGGCUGCGCCUUAAUCUGGUAAUGCCAAACAUAGGAUUCGUGAUGGCCGCCACUGAGGAGCACAGCUGCCAAAUCUCGUCUCUGACCUCCAGAACUGCAGGAAGUGACUAUAAGGUAAACGACCAAGUCUGUGGUAAAACACUGCAACAAUAGGAAAGUAAAAUACACCACAACUACAUUAACAUCAGCCAGGCUCUACAUACUCUGGAAACAUUUGGUUUGUGCCACAGAGCGGCUACAGCGUUCAGAUAGGGUGGAAGCCAGUGCUGGUGUAACUGCACCCAUCUAACCACGGGGACGCCGUGAACUACUUCCGGGGUAGAGGGCAUUCCGCAGACAUAUAACUAGUUCCUCAAGCGAAUGCCAAGAGCAAAGGGAGCAGAGUAUACUCUAGAGUAAAAGGACAUGGCAACCAAAAGCAACCUGGGAUCUUCCUGAUUUUUGAGAUUGUUAAAUCGAAUUCAGGUUAAUUAUGUGAUAAUUAUAUUUCUUAGUUUGUCUGAGUAGUUGUAUGAUUUUGUUAAUACUACAAAGAACUUGUCUAUUACAAGUCAACUUUUAAAUAUUUAUGGCUGCAACUGAGAUUCACUUUAAAAUUCUCCAGCCAAAGAAACCAAAAGGGAAGGGUGGGUGUGACAGCAAAGGUGAAAUGUGUGUUAAAGCUGCACAGAGAUCUGCACAGACUCAUUCUUGUGUGCUCGAAGGUAAAAUUGAGAGAAUUAAUAUGGAACAGAAAUAGUUCUUAUGGUAAAAUGUUAGCGUGCCAGAGAGUUCUGGUGACCAUUCAGGUGGGAAUGGAUGUUCUACGUCUGACUGGUGAGUCUGCAGAUGAUGAAGGCUCGGCAAAGCUGACAAUUCAGAUCUCUCCUGUCACAGCCAUGUACGCGGGGGAUACUUAAUGGGCACGCAGCUGUCCCACACUUAGCCUCUUUUUUUUUUUUUUGGUUCUUUUUUUCGGAGCUGGGGACCGAACCCAGGGCCUUGCGCUUCGUAGGCAAGCGCUCUACCACUGAGCUAAAUCCCCAGCCCCCACACUUAGCCUCUUGAAAAGCACCUUACAUUUCAUUUUAAACUGGGUCCCAUGAUUAUGCAACCAGCCCUACAUGUAUAGAGUAACACAUAAUGUAUGUGUGUAUUCUUGAUUAUGAAUGUAUCUGAUAUAAAUCUUUGUUACAUCUACAUGUAUGUGUUUGUUACAUAUGUGUAUUUAAUAGAAAUGAUAUAUUUACUCUGUGAUAAAGAUUCCCUAGUGAAACUAGGUAGAAGUGUUCCUUUCCAAAGUGUACCUAGAAUUAGCAAGUGAGGCCCUACUCUGCCCAGCUGCUUCUCUGAUUAAGAUACUUGGGAUUUCCUGGUUUGGAGACUGAGAAAAUAUAUCCUUGGAAGUAAAUAAAAAUGCGAAAGGUAAUAUACGUAUUUCAUAAUGUAAAAAUACCAGUAAGAGAAGGGUAGAAUGUUAUACUCUUCCUGGCCAUAUUAUUUGGUAUUCCUCUUAAAUGUAGCUUUGUUCAUUAAAGCUAAUAUUAGCCUGUUUUAAAAGAGAUUUCUUUAUACCUAGAAAAUUUAGAAAAUGUAAAUAAUAUGCCAGAUACCUAUAUUUUCACUUAUAUUUGGCAGUGGCUAGCAUCAACCACAGCUACUGCCUUUUCUUCUUUCUCUGUAACUCCAGCUUCUUCUGAUGCCCUGUUUUAGCCUGGGCUGUCACUGUACUCAGAUACAACGACAUGGACACACAAAUAAAAUAAAUAUUUCUUUAAAAGAAUA